GGAUUUAUCUUGUCACUUUCCCCUCUUUCUUGCUCUUUGAUGGGUUGGCGAGGAUCGGGAGCUCUUGGGGCUGCCACAAUAGGGGUUUACUUCUUCAUGGGAGGGCUGCUCAUGAUCCUAGCGGCCGUACUCGAGUGGGUUAUGGGUAACGCGUUCAAUUAUGUAGUGUUUGCUACAUAUGGCGGAUUUUGGCUGUCCUUUGCCGGCACGUUAGUCCCUUCCUUUGCAGCAUAUGCAUAUUAUGCUCCCCAAGACGAGAACAAUCCGGCGGCAGGGCUGCAAACUGGUGGAUUUCAAGCCUCAUUCGGUGAGUAG